AGGCGGCCACAUGCACAGCGAACGGUAUACUAGUGCAGCAGUGAGACCGACGUCGACGAAUUAUUUUCUUUUACUGUAACUCUUACAGUGACAUUAUGAGGCUGAAACCAAAAUGUGUUUUGCUACUGGUAUUGCUGACUCUGCUUGGAAUUACACUGCUGUAUCAUUAUCAUGUUGCCAUGGAUAACGAGAUACCCGGAGAACUGUCACGACGUGAACGUCUUCUCCUCCAGCAAGUUACAAGGGAUCCAAACAGGAUCGUCCACUACAAUUACCCAAUCUCAAACGAGGCCAGUGUCAGCAGGGAACCUAUUGAUAUCAGCGUUGAGAUGCCGGCUUGGCAGGAAGUUGAUAAGCACAUUGUCGUGGUGACAGGAUUUAGUCAGAAGAAGGCAUACGUUGGGCUAGGAUUGAUCGCGUCUGUUCAGGCUCAUAUGCCGGUCAAGAAAAUCAUUGUCUACAACUUGGGAGUCCAUCCAAAGAUAGUUAAGCAGAUGGAGCAGAUGUGCAAUGUUGAAGUGAGGAGGUUCAACUUCACUAACUACCCCAAACAUGUUGCUAAGACUGAAAACAAGGCUUGGAAGAUAUUCGCUCUCAGGGAAGUUCUCAAGGAAUAUGGUGGAUUUUUCUACGCCAGCCCUCAGGUCCGCUUCCGCGCUCCCAUCAACUUCAUCAUCCCCUACAUCCUGAAACACGAUGGCCUCAUUGCGACGACCAACCCCCAAAACCUCAGUGUGGAGGUCACACACCCUGACCUCUACACCUUCCUACGCACCAGCCCCGCCCGCUUCACCAAGGCCCACCCCAACGCUUUCAUCGCGUCAGAGCACAUGUGGAUGGCCAUCAACGGGACUGUGGCGGAGACCAAGUUCUGGAAGCCUCUGCUGGAAUGCGCUUCAAACUGGCGCUGCAUUGGACCCCACGGCUCUACGUGGAGCGACAUUGAGCCGAAUGUGAACGACACAAAGGCCCACACGCAUCGCUACGACAUGUCGGCGGUCUCCCUGCUUCUCUAUCGCCACUAUUACGAUGCGUGGCAUAGCGAUGCGAGUAUGAACGCGAUCCUGAAGCGUAUCGCUGAUGUCAUUUAUCACUUGGACCUUCACGACUACCUGUGGGCUCAUUAUUGUAACCCGCCCAAGAAAGAGAUCGACUGCUCGAUAGAGAGAAAACUUUGCUGAAUCUCUAGAACCUGCCAUAUUUUAUAACCAUAUCAUCCUCAAUCUUAGAUUAUUCCACAAAUUGCAAUUAUGUUAUACUGAUCAAGGGCCAGUUUCAUCAAACUUGUUACAAUAACAAAUUUGCAAUAACAGUUUAAAGCUACUGAUAUCAUUCAAUUUGUUUGGCUGAUAAUGAAUGUGUUAUAGAAAUUGUGUAUUUAUAUAUUAUAACAUGUCUUUAGGAAACUGGACCUAGGAGCCCAUUGCAGAAAGAAUUGUAAUCAAACUCAACUCCAAAAAUCAAAUGCACUUGAUUUUUAAACCAACUACUAAGUUGUAUUUGGGAUUUGUGCUUGAUUUUUAAAAAUUGCAUUUAAACCACAAAAUCUUUCUGCAACAGGCGUGUAGACAUUGUUUUUUUUUUGUAGAAGUCUGAAAUCAGAAUGUAUGCUUGAAUUGUACUGUAAAACACCUUAUUUAGAUUAUGGUUAAUCGUUAGAUAUUUUUUUAUGGUGGUUAAGAAGAUACACUACAAAUAGUUUUGAAGAAUUCUUUUAUUAUGUUCAUUUACUGGUGCUUCCUCCCGGGCUCUUUCACUUUAUAAAAUAUUUUUUAUUUUUCGGUUUUUUUUAUACGAUCUGACUUUCCGAUUGACUAGGAGUAUAGUCAGAAAUACCUUAUACCAUGAACAUGCAGCUCCCCUUGAAAAAUAACAAAUGUUGAAUAAUUUUCUUUUCUCAAAUACUGACAUUUUAUGGCUCAUUUUGGUGUUAUGCUACAAAUCUACAACUGCAAACUAGAGCAUGUCUUUUCUUUGUUACCAAGUCAAUCGAGUAUGAAAUGUGUAAAUUUCAUAGAGUCGUAAAAGCUGCCAAUUUGAAUGAACCCUUGGUGUCUGGCUGAUUAUGCUACCUGCCCACAGACCCCUGUCUGCAUAUAUCGUCGCCUUCCCGCACAAAUGCCGUUAGCGCGCACUGCUCGUCGCCUUCCCGUGGAAGGGUCGUUACGGUGCAGUGAACAGUACGCGCUAACGGCCUUUGUGCAGGAAGGCGAUGCGCAGUCCGCGCUAACAGCCCUUUCGUGGGAAGGCGACGCUAACGGCCUCUGUGCGGAAAGGCGACGAUAUGCAGGUUUGGUCUUCAACGGAUUAAUCAUGAAAGUGCAUUAGAUAAUUCAUGUGUUAUCAGUAUUAUAUCAGUAUUAUUUAGUUAUGAAUGAGCUUUGCAUCAAUUUCAUCGAUGUUUGUUACCAAAGAUUAGCAGUAGGCAGCAUCCUUGAAGUGAGAAAUUAUUAACAUGAUUAUAUUCCUCACCAAGAAUCAGGAAGCUCUUGCAAGCCUAUACAAUAUUUUUAUGAAUUAAUUAAUUUUUUUUGGGGGGGAGGAAGGGUUAAUUUUGUGAAAAAUUGGUUCUUGUUAACUAAAAUGGUUGACCAUGGAGAUGAAUGUGGAUUAGAUCGACAUUUGUCUCACGAAUAUGUGAAAAUUAAAAAAAGGAAAUGAAAAAAUGGGGAAAGGUAACCUCACGCCCCCCACGUAAACAGCAUUUUACGACAUUGUGGUAUUUACUUUUUUUUGGGGGGGGAGGGUGGAUCUGAAAAAUUUUAUGAUCUAGUACUGCCAUUGGUUUGAUUACAAUGACAACGAUAUUCUCAUUCAUGUAGUAUAUGUAAACAAUUGUUAUUUAUAGAAACUUUGUAUAUUUACAGUUUAAAAAUGAAUCAAACAUUAAAUAACUUUCCAGGACCAUUUCAGUAUAGCUAUACUUCUGUAACCAUGUGUAUUUUUUUAUUUAUUUAUUGUAGACAGGGUCUAUCAAACUUUGUUUUGGUUUUAAACUAGUCUGUAUUUAUGUUUAGAACAACUUAUAUUAGAGGGUAGAUAUGCCGCAAUUAUGAAGAGAUUUAGUGGACCUCUGUCUACUACAAUAUAAAAAAAAUAAAAAAAGUUUUAGCUUGUCAUUAUAUUGCUAAAUUAGAAUACGUGUAUUUAUUACAAAUACGUGUAGUACAUGUAUGUAAUCUUUUCUGAUAAAAAAUUUAAAUCAGAAUUCUUGUUGUAUGUACAUUCUAAUCUAAAUGUCUGUUCUCCAAAGAAAUAAGUGCACUUUAAAUCAGUACUAUGCAGUAACUUCAUAUUGAUUAUGCAGUAUUAAAUGAUUGUAUUUUUGUAUUGAUUGUAAUUUUUUGUAGUCAACUGUAUUAUUUUAUGACAUUUAGGUAUUCAAUUUUGUACAUUCCAAAUGCAAUACAUCUAUAAUUAUUGUGAUUAUUCCAAAAGAGUUAUCUUGAUAUGUGAUGAGUAAUUAAUUUAUAUUUCCUGGUAUUUAUGAAAUCAAUUGUUAUGUUGAUUCGAUUGAAAUGAAAUAAAAUGAACUAGAAACUUUGA